AUGGGUUGUCUUAGAUCAUACGAGCUCUUUUCUGCUGAAAUAUGCUUGGAAAAUCACUAUGCUUUUGCUGCUUCUUUUAUCUAUGGCUUUAACACUAUCCAAGCACGGCGUACCCUCUGGGAAGAUCUUCGCAGGUGGAGUCCAAACUCUUUAUGGCUUGUUCUUGGUGAUUUUAAUUUUUUGCUCUCCAAGGAAGAUAAGCACAAUGGUGCUCAUAUUACUAGCUAUGAAGUCUCUGACUUUAGGGAGUGUUACACUGAUUUGGGCCUUGUUGAUCUAAAUUCCACUGGCUGCUUCUUCACCUGGUCUAAUGGUCAUGUUUGGAGCAAACUUGAUCGGGUCUUGGCCAAUCCUCUCUGGUUCUCUUUGCCUCAGCAAACCCAUGUUCAUUUUGACAACCCUGGUGUUUUCUCUAAUCACUCCCCUGCCUCUGUUCAGCUUGACCCUCAACAGCCUAGAGGGAACAGGAACUUCAAAUUCUUUAACAUGUGGGCGGAUCAUCCUCAUUUCCUGGAGGUUAUUUCACAGGGUUGGAAUACUCAAGUCAAUGGCUCCUGUAUGUACUCUCUCUACAGGAAAUUAAAAUGCUUAAAGAGGCCUUUGAAAGAGCUUAACAAGCUACAUUUUAGUCAUAUCUCUGAAAGAGUUGCCCGUGCUAAAGCUGAUCUGGCUACUCACCAAUCUCUUCUCCACCAUGACCGAGAUAAUACUCAACUUCUGUCGCAGGAAAGGAAUCUUAGAUCUUCCUUGUUGAAUUUAAAAUAUACGGAGCAGAUGUUCUUUGGGCAAAAGCUAAAAUCUAAUUUUCUCAAGGAGGCUGACAAAGGAUCUCGUUUCUUCCAUUCUCUGAUGAGUCAGAAACAUCAAAGAAAUCACAUUCCAGCUAUCAACCCCUGCCUCGAUAGUUCUUCCCAUGAUUCUUUACUUGGACCUGUGACAAAUGAGCUUAUCCAACAAACUCUCUCCAGCAUUGGUAAUGAUAAGUCGUUAGGGCCAGAUGGCUACACCUCUUUGUUUUUUAAAAAAGCUUGGGGUAUUGUUGGAGGUGACUUCUGUGCUGCCAUCAAAGAUUUCUUUGCUUCUAGGAAGAUGCUCAAGCAAGUCAACCAUUCCAUUAUCUCCCUCGUUCCAAAAUCUACCACUAUUAACUCAGCAGCAGAUUUUCGUCCCAUCUCUUGCUACAAUGUCAUUUACAAGGUCAUCUCUAAGAUCCUUGCUGGACGUAUGGCUCAAGUUAUGAAUACCAUCAUCAGCCCUGCUCAGAAUGCAUUUCUCGAUGGUAGGAACAUGGCUGAAAACAUCAACCUCUUGCUGGAGCUUCUUCGUCAUUAUGAGCACAAGACAUCCUCCCCCAAAUGCAUUAUCAAGAUUGAUUUCAGAAAGGCGUUUGACAUUAUUCAGUGGUCCUUCCUGCGGUUUUCGGAGGGUCAGUUUCCUUUCAAGUAUCUUGGUGUGCCUCUUAGCCCUCAUCGCUUGUUGGCCAGCCAAUUUUCUCCUCUCCUGCAAAAGCUUGAGUUGGUCAUUCAAAGAUGGAUGGGUAAGCAUUUAUCUUAUGCUGGCCAGCUUGAGCUCAUCAGAUCUGAUUUGCAUGGCAUGGUCCAGUUCUGGCUUGUUAUUUUCCAUGUCCCUGUUAUUGUUAUCAACAAGAUAAACAGUCUAUGUCGCAGCUUCCUCUGGUCUGGUAAUCAUUUCUCCAAGCACUCUGCCCUUGUUGCCUGGUACAAGGUGUGUCUUCCCCAAUCUGAAGGAGGUCUCGAGCUCUUAGACAUCAAGAAAUCCUUUUCCUCUUUAUGGAAAUCAAUCUGUUCUCUUAAAAGUCAUUUGAUAGCUCAGCUUGGAGGUAUUUCGGAUGCUAUUGAUACUCUUCAGGGUUGGUAUCAUGGAUCGGGGUCUUUCAUUGCCAAUGCUCAUGAGUUCUUUCGGGUUAAAGGAAAUCCUCUUGCUGUCCUAGGUAAGCUCAAAAUGAAGGAUCGGCUCAACUUCCUCUCUAUUGAUGCUAUUUGUGUCCUAUGUAAUCGGGAGGAGGAAUCCCAUGCUCACCUGUUUUUCAACUAUGAUUGGACUUCAUUGUUAUGGAGUCGUGUUAAGCAGUGGCUUUGUCUAAAUCGUUCCAUGUCUUCCUUAUUUGGUGCGCUUCGAGGUCUCUUUGGAAGAAGUUUUUACUGCCGAAUUGUGUAUUCCGCAGCGAAUCAGGUGUUCGCUACUGAAUUGUGUAUUCUUCAGCGAUUCAAGUGUUCGCUGCGGAAUUGUGUAUUCCGCAGCGAAUCAGGUGUUCACUACCGAACUUGUGUUGUCCGCAGUGAAUCAGGUGUUCGUCGCCUAAUUUGUGUUGUCCGCACUGAAUUAGGUGUUCGCCGCCGAAUUGUGUAUUCCGCAACGAAUCAGGUGUUCGCUACCAAAUCUGUGUUGUCUGCAACGAAUCAGAUGCAAAUGUACUUAUUUGUGGCCAUUGAUGUCUUAGGUGGUGUGACCAGGAUCGGACCAUCGUCAGGACAAGGAUAG